CGUCGUCGCCCUGCUUUCGGUCCCAACUCAGUGCGCUGUCUGAAAAGCAGUGAGCAGCACAGCAGCCAGAAGAACCGACUGAGGACGAAAGAGAUAAAGACGGACGACAAGUGUUACCCUCCGAGCCCAGAGAUCAGCCUCCUCACCACGUCUCUCAGUUUCAGGUUCCUCUAUUGAUUCACGCUUCAACAUGGCCGCCCCACCAAUCACUGCAGAGGAGCUGGAGGAUCUUAGAGAAGCAUUCACUAAAAUUGAUGUGGACAAUGACGGCGUUAUCAGCAAGGAUGAGCUUGAUGCUGUCCUCAAGGCCGCCAACCUUUCACUGCCCGGCUACAGAGUCAGAGAGAUGAUCCAGGAGCUGAGCAAGAGCAGCGAAGAGCUCAACUUUGAUAAGUUUACUGAAAUUGUCCAUGGACUAAAGAGUGCAGAGGUUGCAAAGACCUUCAAGAAAGCAAUCACCAAGAAGGAGGGCAUCUGUAAUGUGGCAGGAACCUCAGAGCAGACUGGCACUCAGCACUCUUACUCAGAGGAGGAGAAGGUAGCCUUUGUGAACUGGAUCAAUAAAGCUCUGGAGAAGGAUCCAGACUGCAAACACGUUCUGCCCAUGGAUCCUAACACCAACGACCUGUUCACCGCCAUGGGAGAUGGGAUCGUUCUCUGUAAAAUGAUCAACCUGUCUGUAGCCGACACCAUCGAUGAGAGAACAAUCAACAAGAAAAAGCUCACACCCUUCACCAUCCAGGAGAACCUGAACCUGGCCCUGAACUCGGCAUCAGCUAUUGGCUGCCAUGUGGUGAACAUUGGAGCUGAGGACCUGAAGGAGGGCAGGCAGCACCUGGUCCUGGGUCUGCUGUGGCAGGUCAUCAAGAUCGGGCUGUUCGCUGACAUCGAGCUCAGCAGGAAUGAAGCUCUGAUCGCUCUGCUGCGGGAUGGAGAGAGUCUUGAGGAUCUGAUGAAACUUUCCCCCGAGGAGCUGCUGUUGCGUUGGGCCAACUAUCACCUGGAGGAGGCGGGCUGUGGCAAGAUCAACAACUUCAGCAACGACAUCAAGGAUUCGAAGGCGUACUACAACCUGCUGAACCAGGUGGCACCCAAAGGAGACGAAGAGGGAAUUCCCCCCAUUGCCGUUGACAUGUCAGGACUCAGGGAGAAAGACGACCUGAAGCGAGCGGAGCUCAUGCUGGACCAGGCCGAAAGGCUCGGGUGCAGACAGUUCGUUAUGCCUACAGAUGUCGUCCGUGGCAACCCUAAGCUCAACUUGGCUUUUGUCGCCAAUCUGUUCAACAAAUACCCGGCUCUGAAGAAGCCAGAGAACCAGGACAUCGACUGGAGCUCCAUCGAAGGUGAAACCAGAGAGGAGCGCACCUUCAGGAACUGGAUGAACUCACUGGGAGUCAACCCUCGUGUAAACCAUCUCUACGCAGACAUCGACGACGCCUUGGUGAUCUUCCAGCUGUACGAGAAGAUCAAAGUACCAGUGGACUGGGACAGAGUCAACAAACCUCCCUACCCCAAACUGAGCAGCAACAUGAAGAAGCUGGAGAACUGUAACUACGCUGUGGAGCUGGGAAAGAAGGAGGCCAAGUUCUCUCUGGUCGGCAUUGCGGGUCAGGAUCUGAACGCAGGGAAUCGAACCCUCACCCUCGCUCUGCUCUGGCAGCUCAUGAGGAGGUACACCCUGAAUAUUUUGGAGGACCUGGGCGAUGGGCAAAAGGUGAUCGAUGACACCAUCGUGUCCUGGGUCAACGACAACCUGACAAGGGCCGGAAAAUCCACAAUCUCCAGCUUUAAGGACGGCUCCAUCAGCACCAGCAUGCCGGUUCUUGACCUGAUCGAUGCCAUCCAGCCUGGAUCCAUCCGGUACGACCUGCUGAAGACCGAAGACCUGACUGAGGAGGAGAAACUCAACAACGCAAAGUACGCUAUCUCCAUGGCCAGGAAGAUCGGCGCCCGGGUGUAUGCACUCCCCGAGGACCUGGUGGAGGUCAAGCCUAAGAUGGUGAUGACGGUGUUCGCCUGCCUCAUGGCUCGUGGCCUGAGGGCCUAAAACCACAAUCACGUCCCGUCUGUGAAGAGGAGACCUCUAAAGCUAGCACCCAAAGGAAAUAAGUUGCUAAUGCAGAGGCUCCACUCACAAGUUGUGGCUUUAGACUGUAACCAUUUAAUGACCAGAAAUAUUGGAUUUAUGAUGGCGAUACAGCUGUGGGACACAUUUCGUAACAUCUGCUGGUGAUUGAUGUCUUUUACUCGUGUUUCUUUUAAAUGUACAAUAGAAAACUUUGUUUUAUUCAAAACCAAGAAGCUGAAAUAAUCCCAAGGGUCAAGUUAAACCUCACCUAAAGAGUUGAUUUAAAAUCACACAAAUCACAGGUGUUACUUUAAAUGUGUUUUUACAUGAAAAUAUGAAUAUUAGAAAAAGGAUCUGUACCAGUCUUGAUUUUCAAAGUGUUUAAGUCAGCUACACAGAUUUCUACCUCCAGCAAAUAAACUAAGGAGAAAAAGUUCAUAGUGUUUCAACUGCAGACUUUUAGCUUCAGUGUCUGUUACAGUAGCUGAUUCACAACUCACAGAAGACGACAAAUCAACAGGUACAACCAGGAAACAAGCACAAAAAUAGGCUUUAAAAAAAAAAAAGAACAGAAAGGCUUUGAAGGCAGCUGAUUGGAGGUUAAAUGUCCAUCUUUGUUGCUGUAUUCAUUUUCCACUUUUCCUCAAUCAUCUUUUAACUGUGAACAUUAGAAAAAAAUAGUUUUUUCCAGUAAAGACUUAACCGGAGCAUACAUACAAUCCACAUUAUAUCACAAAGAGUUUUAUUUCCUAUGUAGAGCUGCAACAAUUCAUUUUUUUAAAUUUCUGUGAAACCACAAGUGAUCAGUGUAACACAGAGCCAUCUGAUUACAGACCCAGCCAAAUCAAAAUGUUUAUAUGUGAUGUUUUUCAAGAAAUAAACCAAUUUUUUUU